AGCUCACAGCUCACAGCUGAAAUUUGCCCCUCCACAAAGCUUCCACCCCAUCCCGCUUACCAGACAGUCCCUUGUUCAGGCAGGACAUGCUUCAUCUCCAGCCAAAUCCCUCCCUUUAACACUCCCCUCCUCUACCAUCUCCUCAACCCCCACCGCGCCGGCUCCGCGGCCAACAAGAAAUAUGGCGACCACCACCUCAACCUCCCCGCAAAUCCCCCAUCACGUCACCGCCCUCCUCUCGCACCUCACCUCGCGCCCCGGCGUGCAAUCCACCUUCAUCCUCUCCCGCAAAGACGGCUCCAUUAUUCAGAGCACGGGGUUAUACGCCUUUUCGCCGACGACCCGUCGCCCGAGCAGACCUACACCUACACCUACACCUACACCAGCACCUAUCUCCAACCCAGCCUCAUCGCCGUCGCCGUCGCCAGCUACAGCCCCAGCUACCCUCCCAAACCCGAACACUGUCCCUGUUUCUGGUUCUGGUUCUGGUCCUGCUCCUACAGCCCCGCACCCCGACCAACAACAAGAAGGAGUACAAGAACAGUCCACCAACCCGACAACCCCUGACGCCACAGAAACCGUCCUCCCCCCGACUGUCCCAGCUACAGAGGAAGACAGCGCAGCAGAAGCCGAACAACCGGACGAACCCCCCACGAACACAGACAAAGACACAUUCCCCAUCGCCAGCGCCGACCCCAACACCCCGCAAACCCCACAAGUGACCACUCUCCCAAUCCGAACCAAGGAAUCGGCGGCGGCGCAACAAGAGCAAGAACAAGCGCCAGCCCAAGAGCAACAGCAAGAGAAAUACACCCCCUCGCCCGCCGAGACCCUCGCCGCGCAUAUCUUCGCGUACGUGACGAGUGCGGCUGACCUCAGUGCCGUGUUGGCUGAUCCGACCUCUGACGGGGCUGGUGGUGGUGGUAGGCAGCAGCUUGGGGGUGGGGUGGAGGCUGGGAAUCGAAGCGGGGACUUUAGGACUGGGCAUGGUAUUGGGCAAGGGCAAGGGCAAGGGCAUGAACAAGGGGAAGGGGAGCGCGACGAGGAGGAAGAGGAAGGGGAUGAGGUGAAGUUGUUGCGGUUGCGGACGAGGAAGCAUGAGAUUGUGGUGGUGCCGGAUCGGAAGUAUUUGCUCUGUGUGGUGCAUGGGCAUGGCUCUGGAGCGGGAGCUGGAGCUGGGGGUGCGGUUGGGGGCGGGGUGAGGAGGUGAUUUUCCGAUACCCGGGAGGGCUGUGUAAGUUAUAGGUUAGAGGUUGGGAUAUAUACCCGGUGGAUUUACAUAGUAUAGGGGGAGAGAUAUGAUAGUUUCUCAUGAUGCCCGUCCUAUCAAUUCUCCUUUGACGGUAUAUGGAUGCAUAGUCGCGAGUACCCCCAAU